CUCUCUGCGCACAGACAGACGCGCUCGUUCUCAGUCAGCGCACAUCUCGCACUUGGCCAGCAUCACUUGGAGUCCACAGACACGGCUCUGAUUGAGCCUCCUCACCAGAGCGGAGGUCUACGCCUCUCCACCCCAACACCCACAGCCACACACAAGCCUUGUAAGAGUUACACCGUCCAUUGCGCACAACAAUUGGAGGACUGUGUGAGGAGAAGUGGUUUUAUUGUUUUUGGGUUUUUUUUUUGGUUUGAAUUUUGGCAGCCUGGAUUGGAGCUGGUGUGAAAGUGUCAAAACGACUGAGGGGAUUUCUUUCAAGUCAUCCAAGUGAUUUCCGGGAGGAUUUCUAACUUUUUUUCGUGGUGCAGAAGCGGCAGCGGUGGAAUUUUGUGAGCGGAGCCCGCGAGAGCGCGCUGCGCCGGGGAGGUGGCUGACCCACAAGACCGCACGGAGGUUAUGACGGAGCAUAGCUGAAGAUGGAGUUUUUGUGGAUUUUGUUGUUUUCUAGCAUCUAUCCCCUUGCCCGCUGCCAAGGUGUUUACGCUCCUGCCAACGCCCAGAUUGUGCACUCGGGUGCCGCGUGCAACGUCAAGGACGAUAACAUCAGUGAGAGGAUCUACACUAUCAAAGAAGGAGACACGCUUGUGCUUCAGUGCAUCGUGAAAGGGCACCCGAGACCACAGGUACGAUGGACCAAGACGGCCGGCAGCGCCUCGGAUAAAUUCCAGGAGACGUCCAUCUACAACGAGACGCUUCGCAUCGAAGGCAUCCAGAGGGUGCAGGGGGGUCGCUACUACUGCAAAGCCGACAACGGGGUGGGGGUGGCUGCCAUCAAGUCCAUCCGUGUAGAUGUGCAGUAUCUGGACACACCAGUGCUGACCGUUCACCAGACGAUCAGUGACGUGCGGGGCAGUUACUACCAAGAGAAGACUGUUUUCCUUCGCUGCACCGUCAACUCUAACCCGCCCGCUCGCUUCAUCUGGAAGCGCGCAAACAUGCUCAUCGAACAAAGCAAAGACAACGGCGUGGACAUCUACGAGCCACUUUACACUCAGGGUGAGACCAAGGUCCUGAAGCUGAAAAACCUGAGAAGAAAGGAUUUUGCCGAUUAUACCUGCCAAGUGUCGGUUCGUAACGUGUGUAACAUUGAAGACAAGUCAGUCACCUUCAGGCUGACAAACAGCACGUCUCCGCCCAUGGUCCGGCUGUCCGUCAACGACACGGUGGUGGCGGAUCCCGGGCAGGAUUUGGUCAUCACAUGCGAAGUGACUGCAGGUUUCCCGCCGCCGACCGUGAUUUGGUCACGUUAUCCGGGACCCCUUCCCCUCAACGCCAAGGUUCGCGGUGCCCAGCUGAUUCUGAGGGCCGUCACACCGACCGACGCGGGCUUCUACAACUGUACCGCUGUCAACAAUGUGGGCAACCCCGCCCGUAAGAACAUCAACGUCGUCGUGAGGACCAUGAGCAACCUGACCUUCCAGAUUACUCCGGAUUCCAACAAGGACAGCGAGACCAUCCAGAUGGGUCGAGACCUCAAGCUGUCGUGUCACGUCGAUGCCAACCCUCAGGACAAGGUCAACUACACCUGGUACAAGAAUGGCGCGUUGGUCUUCAACACGGAUAGUCUGAUCUUGCUGCGCAGCGAUCCCGAUAUGGCCCCGGGCACCAGCAGCUUGGAGAUCGUGGACAUGAAAUUCCGAGACUUGGCCACCUAUAGCUGCGUGGCAAACUUCCCGGGCAGCAGCGUGGCGGAGCUCCGAGUGGAUGUCAACAUCUCCCAGAACAGUGUAUCUCCCCCAAUACUGACGGUCCCUGCAGGAGGUCACGUGGUUAGUGCACGAGAAGGCGGGACGGCAGAGCUGGUGUGCUUGGUGGUGGAUGGUAAGCCGCGUCCACCGAUCUUAUGGUCCCGCACCGAAAAGGACCUGCUGAUGCCAUCUGGGAAGGCUGUGGCGGAGACGCCCGAUGGCCGCUUGAAGCUGAGAAACGUAAGCCGCGACAUGAUGGGCUUUUACCGCUGCCAGACUGCUCCUUACAACGGACUCAACAUCAAACGGCGAGAGGCCCAGGUCCAGCUCAUUGUGCAAUAUCCUCCCAUUCUGGACCCAGUGUAUCAAGACACACGUGCAAGGAACUAUCAGAUGGUGACCCUCAGGUGUUCUGUCCUCCGCUCCAAUCCAUCACGUAUCACGGACAUCCGCUGGUACCGCAACGGCAACUUCAUCCUCAUGCCCAUGCCGGACCUGAAGGAGACUCCAGAGCUGAGAUUCAAACUGGAGCCUACUAACAACGGAUCUUAUGAGUGCAGAGUCAGCAAUAGUGUAGGAACAUCCACAUGCAGAUUUAAUGUCUCUGCGCAACCUUACAGUGUUGAAUUCUACUUCGACACACCCAACCCGGUCAGAAUUCUGAAAGAGAACAACUACUCUUACAACCUGCAGUGGACCCAGAAAGAUCCCGAGGCUACAGAUCGCAUCAUCGGCUACUGGAUUGUUGUCCGGAAGAACAAGCAGGAUGUGCUGUCGAAGCACAUCGAAAUCAAGAGCAAGGAGCCAGAGAAGGGAGUGCUGAUGUCCUACACCAUUCCCGACCUGAGAAUACCUCUUUCCUAUGAGGUCCGAUUGGCUCCCAUCACCACCUACAGCACCGGGGAAUACGUCAGUCGCACCAUCCAGUACUCAGAGCCGUACACCUACCCAAGACCCUCAGAUCACGUGUGUGGGUUUGAGGAUGAGCGGAUCUGCGGUUUUUCACAAGACCGAAGCGACGUCUUUGACUGGACGCGACAAAAUCACCUGACUCAGAAUCCCAAGCGGUCUGCCAAUACAGGCCCGGAGACGGAUCGCAGCGGAACCAAAGAAGGCUACUACAUGUACAUCGAAGCGUCGCGGCCACGAGUUCAAGGGGACAAGGCUCGUCUGCUCUCUCCACUUUUUAACGUGACCACGGUCAGGGGCCCCAAGGGCUCCGGCAGAGUCCCUUACUGUGUCUCCUUCUAUUACCACAUGAAGGGCAAGCACAUUGGCACUCUCAAUGUUCUUUUGAAAAUAAGGAGCAUCGCCUCAAUGGAUUCCAUGUUGUGGACCAAAUCGGGUCAUCAAGGGCCCGACUGGAAGAAAGCAUACUUUGACAUCAGUCCCAGCGGACCAUUUCAGAUUGUUUUUGAAGGAAUCCGAGGGAAGGGCUUCGAGGGCGACAUUGCCAUCGAUGACGUGUCUAUCACCAUGGGCAAAUGCAAACAGCAGAACACUGUUGCCAGCGCAGGUAAGACAGUUCUGAUCGGCGGCUCACAGGCGCGCCCAUUGGCCAGACGGGUGACCGUUAUCCUCGGCUGCAUCGUCGCCUUGCUCUGCAGAUGAUGAGUGGUUGACCACAGCGCCACCUUACGUCUGUGCUGACAGACACUGCCCCGACUCGCGCUCUUUCUUCUUCUCUCGACCCGACACCCAGAAUUCUUCCCCCACUCGCCCGUGUCCUCCCUGCAUCGAUGAUCCAUGCAAACACAGCCUUUACUUUAUUGAAACACUUUGCUCCGAUGACAUAUUAUAACAAACAUAUUCUUAUCAUAUAUUUAAGACAAACAUGUUCUCUAUUAGUCCAUUAGAUUUCCUAAUAGCCAUGUCAAGUGUCCCCUCGCCUUCAUCAUUAGCCUACGUCGACAUGUAUGACCCCCCCC